GCUGGGAGGGUUUCUGGGCAGAAGGAGCGGGAGCCAUCUGCGAAGCUUUUGUUUGGCCUAAUUACUAUAAAGCUCCUUAUACAUUGUAUUGGCAGAGAAGGGCAUGCUGUUCCAUGACAAGGGGAAUGGGAAAGCUUUCAUUCCUUUCCCUUCUACUCUCUGUCACUAGGAGAAUGGAAAAAUUAGUUGAGGGGCCGCUCUGAAACCAGGCCAAGGCAGUGAGAAGCCCGAGGGCUCCAACGCGAUGCAGCUCUGCAGGGAUUGGUCCAGGAGCGACUGCAGUGAAGGGGGGGAGAGCAGCAGGAGGGGGAGAACGGGACCCAACCCGGCUCCUGGCCCGCCAGCCCUUGCAGGCUGCCGGGUGGUAGGGAUGGGAGGGAGAAUGGGAAGUGUCCCUUCCUAUUCCCAUGUCAGUCAAUCUUACCUCCCGCUGAGAAGCCUGCAUUAACUCUGCUAAGACAGCACUUCUGCUCAGGGUUCUUUUUCACCGUUGCAUUAAGAUGCACAGAUCUUUCUCUAUUUACUAGUUCUUCAGGGGAAAGAAGUUGUGUUCACUGCAGAAAAAACAUCUCUGAGCCAAAAGCACCAUCUUGCAUCCCAAAGUGGUGACAGUUAUACCUGUCUGCCUGAUAUUUCAAUUCUGAUCCAAGUUUUGAAAAGAACUAGUUGGCAAGAAAAUUUCCUUUAAAAUUCUCAGCUUCUUUCCAUCUUGGAAAGACAUACACAGUAUUUUAUAGUUCCUCUUAAAUGUCACAGGAUCCCUUGAGAGAGUGAGCUGUUGGGAGCAGGCAGACUGUGCCACUUCAGUUUGUGUGCGCACGUCGCUCUGUCCUGGUUGCAGAACUGUCUCCUAGCCAGGACUUCAGUCAGUCAUUUAAAUAGUUUGCCCUCAGGUAGACAGAUUUCCAUUUGAUAAUGAGACCUUGUAAAUGCCAGUGGUUUUUUUCAUGAGUAGAAGCCAAACAAUAAAUGAGGACCUGAAGCUUUUGCAUCCAGACCUCCUGCAAGGGUCUGGACUGAGGCCCUGUCCUCUGCUAAGAAGCUGAGUAGCUUUUCCCUGUGAGAGAAGGUCAACUUCUCCUCGUGGUCAUUAGUGCAAAAUGAGGUCUCUCUCAGUCAGGACAUCCAUGUAACAAAAAAAAUCAAGAGAUACAGCUGGGUAUGAGGCAGGGGAGUUGAUUAUGGGGCUGUGGAGACUAGAUUGUUGUGCCUAGUAGAAAUAUUGGCUUUGUCCACAUGUUCCCUAUUUGGAACCAGGAUACUCACUGAAGGCUUUAAGACCUGGAAACUGGUCUUACCUUCAAUUUUUGAGGGUGUCAUUCCUCAAAUGUGACCUGUGAGGGUGAACACCAUUAUUUAGAUGGAAGACUUAUUUUUAGAUAAACUGUUCUUCUAUUUUGGGAAGGGGGAGAACUGAUCGAAAUCAAGGAGUAAAGACUUGUAGUAUCAAAGAUUAAGAAACGUUUAGCAGGAAUAACUCACCCCAGCUUGGGAAGCUGAGAUGCCUGACCCUCUGAUGUUGUGUAUGUAAUCUUUCAGGUUGCAAUUCCCCCAGCUGGCCCUGAGGCGAAGGUUGGGCCAGCUGAGCUGUAUGUCUAGGCCUGCUCUGAAACUCCGUUCUUGGCCUCUGACUAUUCUCUAUUACCUUCUGCCUUUCGGUGCUCUUAAACCCUUGACCAGAGUGGGAUGGAGGCCUAUGAGCAGGGUUGCCCUGUACAAGUCGGUGCCAACGCGGCUGCUGUCCCGAGCCUGGGGUCGCCUGAACCAGGUGGAGCUGCCCACGUGGCUGCGGAAGCCGGUGUACAGCCUGUACAUCUGGACCUUCGGGGUGAACAUGAAGGAGGCAGCUGUGGAGGACCUGCAUCACUACAGGAACCUCAGCGAGUUCUUCCGCAGGAAGCUGAAGCCACAGGCGCGGCCGGUGUGCUGCGUGCACAGUGUGAUUAGUCCCUCUGAUGGAAAGAUCCUUAAUUUCGGACAGGUAAAAAAUUGUGAAGUGGAGCAAGUAAAAGGGGUUACUUAUUCUCUGGAAUCUUUCUUGGGACCUCGCAUCUCCACAGAGGAAAUGCAUUUUAGCCAGGCCCCACCUGACAACUCUUUUCAGAAACAACUGGUCACAAAGGAGGGGAAUGAGCUCUACCACUGUGUAAUUUACCUUGCACCAGGGGAUUAUCACUGCUUCCACUCGCCCACCGACUGGACAGUGUCCCACCGACGGCAUUUCCCAGGUUCUCUGAUGUCUGUCAAUCCUGGAGUUGCUCGCUGGAUCAAGGAGCUGUUCUGCCACAAUGAACGGGUUGUCCUUACAGGUGACUGGAAACAUGGCUUCUUCUCAUUAACAGCUGUAGGAGCAACAAACGUGGGCUCCAUCCGCAUCUACUUUGACCAGGACUUGCACACAAACAGUCCAAGUUACUCUAAAGGUUCCUACAAUGACUUCAGCUUCAUAUCCAACAACAACAAGGAGGGAAUCCCCAUGAGGAAAGGGGAACAUUUAGGGGAAUUUAACUUAGGCUCUACGAUCGUACUAAUCUUUGAGGCACCCAAGGACUUCAGAUUCAACCUCAAAGCUGGACAGAAAAUCCGCUUUGGAGAAGCACUGGGCUCUCUAUAGGAACUCUCUCAGCAAGAAGAUUUUCUAUAAAAAGGGACUCUUUUCACACCACUGAGUGUUUCACUUAUCAAGUUUGUAUCACUCAGCAGGACCUGGGUGAGGAGGAAGAUGUCACUGCUGCAUUAAACUUGAAAGUAUUUGGUCUACAUUUACCUGCUGCUGAAUGUAGAAACUGAAUUGAAUGAUCAUGGAUGUAUCGGGUACAGCUGCCUUUAAAGAUGUUGCCCAUGGUGGUUUCAGGCCCACCCUGUGCCUGUAGUCUUUCAUGUUCUCCCCUGAAUGUGCCACAGGAUAAUUAUGUUCUUAGAGCCUCUAAGUCCCUUUUAAGCCUUCCUAGGCAGGUGCAGUGGGAAAGGGUAGAGAUUACCUAUAUUUAAAGGGACACUGACAGGCUGAGUCAGACAUUGUACCUUCUAUCUACAGUAUCUGUUUUUCAGACCUUGAGUAAAGAAUAUAUUCUCAUCUUUAUUUUAUUCUAAGAAACUCCACCCAAUUGCUAGAUAAAAGCAGUCUCUCAAUUCACAGGUGGCCAAACAGUGAAAUUUGCUGGUGUGGCUUCAUGGCCCAAACAAAGCAAAAUGUGGAACAGUCAGUCAGUACAAUGAGUGACACUCAUCCCUCAUCCUGAGUUUUGUACUGUUAGACAACUUUAGUUCUUUUGUCUGACAUUGUCCCUUUAAAAAUGGGCUUUUCACUGUAUUUUGAACCUGAAAACAGUGUCUACAUUCCAGACAACAGAACUUGUCAUAUUGCGAUUUUCUUUCUUAUUUUUUUUAAAGACAGACAAAGCUCUGUGUCCUCUUCCUAAUCCAUUGUUUUGUUUGUUUUAUUUUGCUACUCCAGGCCUUAAAGUUUUUGUCUUUAUGAAAGACAGUUAACAUCAUCUCUUGGAUUAAGGAGUUAGAAGACACAGGGCAUAUUUUUGCUGGGUGAUGUGAUGGCAACUAAAGUAUGCUUUUUCUUUCUGCUAUGUAUCUUGUUACUUUAUCACUAAAUUAUUGAAGAAUUAGUUCCUCUGUUAAAGGACAGCUUCAGCUACUUCAGGACCAAUUUUUAUUGUAGAGAGUGAAAUGCCCUAUGCCUAUGCACUGACUAUGUUUAGUGUAUUUACGGCUCUUUAAAGAAAUCCCAUGUUGCUUCCCAGGUACCAGUCUGGCCCUCCCUUGACUGGGCAACAACUUCAUCUUAUUCAAAAUACAAAACAAAAAACCACACUGGCUCUGACUUGUACCCUCAUACUUAAUGCUAGGAAUGUGCUGGGGGCUGAAAUCUGUGCUGUAAAAUUUUAAAGCCUCUUUGUGACUUCACAUCAAGAAGAGUUAAAAUCUAACACCUUGGAUCUACUGCAUGUGGCACUGAUAAAAACCACUGCCAGAGUGAAGAGGAAUUGAGUUUUAAAGCAAUGUAUAAAUUGUUUGUUGAGAAUAAACUGUUUCUAGUCCCAGCACUCAAACACUUAGAACUGAUUUUGCUAUCCAGAGCUUGUUGGAGUGGACACGCUUAUGAAACCUGCCUUUGUGCUUUCUGAAAGAUUUCUCCUAUUACUUCCUUGCUUGAGCUCUUUUCUGCUACUUCAAGGAGAUGAGAGGCUUUGACGAGCUCUGAUCUCCUAAAGAAACCCUUUUUUGUAUGCACUGCAGAAGACAAGAGUAUAAUUUUGUUGUACAAAUGUCCAGUUUGCCAAGUCCUGUAUGCUUAGCUUGUCAUCGGCAAGGAAGGGACGAUAAACUGCCUCUAAGUGAUGCAGCCCAGGCAUGAGUCAGAUGAGGGUGGCUGUUUGGGUGACAAGCAGGAGAAAAUUCAUUUGGCUCCAGGAGUCAGUGUUUCCUCACUUUACACAGGGAGGAGUUUGAAAGCUUGAAGUGGCUCUCAGCCACCUAUCUUGUUAAAAUUCUUGGUAUUAGCAAGUUUACUCCUGCAGCAGUAUAGUAUCAGAUACAAGUCUUUUUAAGUCUUUGAGAAUGAGAAAAGAUAAAGGCAAAUAUCAGCACCAAGAGGAUAAACUUAGGGUCAGCUUUUUGAUUCAAUUUCAAUGUCAUGUUAACAAGAGAAAGCAAAUUUGUUCCAGUGGAUGAGAGAAAAAGACAACUGAAUAUUUUCUUUCUUUUCCACUGAGGUCUGUGACAUCCAGACAGAGCCAAAGGAAGUUUAAGCUUUAAUUUCUUCCUACUCAGCAGCAUCAUCUAUAGUAUGUGAAGGUAAAUAUUAGCCUAGUGAUGGAGGAUGAGUUGCUUGAUGUUUGCUUUAUUAGAAAUCUCAGAAGGAAGAGAGGAUUCAGCAUGCAAGUGGCUGUUGUUAUGAUGGUUUUAAUACUGUGCAGAGCAAGCUAAUAAACCAACAUUGCUUGUGAUGCAGGGGCCAGCAAUGCACCCCAGGAGUGAAAAAGUUCCUCGAGGGUACUGAUAAUGCUGUGAAUUUCUCCUGCAUGGAGAAUCCAUUUAAUUCAACUGUAUCAGUAGCACGGUAUUUUUGUAUGUCAAAGUGUAUGACUUACUGACAUGAACUCAUUUAAUUGCAAACAUUUUGAAAUAAAGAGUCUUAUCUGUGUUGCUUA